AUGGGCGCCCCCGCAAAACGUCAAAAGCGCGAAGAAUUCCGCAAGAAGGUCGCUGCUGCCACCACCGAACCUGCAGGCGAUGGAUCAGCUUCCCCCGCGGGCUCGGUGCUUAACCUCCCGCAAAAGAAGUACUAUCGGCAGCGCGCUCACGCGAAUCCCUUCUCGGAUCAUUUGCUCGAAUACCCCCUCACCCCAGCACAUAUGGACUGGAGCACGCAUUUCCCAGCCUACCUAAACCCGGACGCCACACAGACGAACGCCACCGGUGCCCGGAGACUAUUGAAAGAUGUGGAGGUCGUCGAUAUUGGCUGUGGAUUCGGUGGGUUGCUAGUUGGGCUUGCGCCGGUUCUUCCUGAUACGCUUAUGGUUGGCAUGGAAAUCCGCUCCAAAGUAGCCGAAUACCUAACAAACCGCAUCCACGCCCUCCGCUACCAACAGCUGCACUUACUCCAGCAAACACAGACCUCAGCCUCCUCAUCAACACCAAUACCAGCCCCAGCCCCAGUCCAACAACCCGCUACCGAAACCACUGAUAAUGAAUCUCCCGAAACCACCUUCCCGACAACUCUAAUCCCCGGCGGCUACAACAACAUCACCGCCCUCCGCGCAAACACAAUGAAAUUCUUCCCGAACUUCUUCGCGCGCUCUCAGCUCUCCAAAAUCUUUAUUUGCUUCCCGGAUCCGCACUUCAAGGCGCGCAAGCACAAGGCGCGGAUUGUAUCGGAGACGUUGAAUGCCGAGUACGCGUAUGCGCUGAGGCCGGGCGGGUUGUUGUACACGAUUACGGAUGUAGAAGAGUAUCAUUUCUGGAUUCUGAGGCAUUUUGGACAGCAACAAGGCCCCGAACGAAAUGCGGAGGAUGAGAAUGCCGAUGGGCCAGAGGAAGGGGGUGUGAAGGAGUUGUUCGAGCGGUUAACGCAGGAAGAGUUGGAUCGGGAUGAGUGUGUUAGGGUUAUGAUGGAUUCGACUGAGGAAGGAAAGAAGGUGUCGAGGAAUAAGGGUAAUAAGUAUGUGGCUGUUUUCCGGCGGAAAAAUGAUCCCGCUUGGCCCCUUUGA